GUUUCUUCAAUCCCUUUUUUUUCGAGUUAGAACUACUUUCUUGCUGGAUAUCUGAGAUCAUUUCUCAUUUAUCUUCAAGGAAAGCGUGUACAUCUCCAAUUCAGGUAUAAUCUCAUAAUUCAAGUCAUUCAUCCUUUGGCAUAGCCUGUACAAUAUUUGAACUCUUCUACCAGCCACAUCUUUGCAGAAACACUUCAAAGUUUGAACUUGUUUCCAACAAUUUUCCUGUCAAGACUCUGCUACUCCUUUUGCAUUGAGUUUGAAAAUAUCUAUCAUACCUCAUUAUAUUUUCCUCAAUCGUUUGUUGGAAAAGAACACGAGCCAUGACAGACUCCAUUGAGACUAUUGGCGAUAGCUUUAACAUGUCCCCAAAUGUUGCACCCUCGCACUCAAGUGCAACAACCGCUGAGCGAUCUUCGAUCUCGGCCGAAAACGAAGCCGCCAUCGCAAGAUGGAAAUUCAAUAGGGCUAGGACUGAAAAAGAGCACGCAGCUUUUAGAGAGCGCAUGCAAUUUCAGUCAGCCGACUUUCAUCAGUUUCUUGCGGAAACAGCUAGAAGCUCUCCAAAGGUCGUGGUGCCAUCUCCAGAUUGGGAGAACAUCCCCUUUCCUGUCCCCGUCAGUACCCCUACUAUUAUUGAAGAGCCUGACAGCCAUCAUUCCGAGAUGAAUGCCAGUUUCGAUGAGAUUCAAGAAGUUCCUCGCCGUCAAGCCACUCCAAUGGACUUUGGUCUUGUUAACCAACAGAAUCAAGCAGCUCUUGACGUUCCGACUUUCACUUUUGAUCGUCCAUCUUUCGAUGACAAUCUCGGUAGUAUUGAGCUGCAGUCGUUUCCAGAAAGUGGACUUCGUACCGACGGUCAACCUGCUUCUGGUAACCGAGAUACAAUGAUUACCGUCGGUGCCGUCUUCGAACUUCCGCGCAAUCCAUCGGAUGUUCGUUAUCCUUUUACCAGAGCUUCUAACAUGGCUACUGCUCAUGAUAUUCCCCUCUCUGACUAUAACCGCUCCGAUACUCACGUUGACACUUUGGGCGAAUACGACGAUGGAUCUUUCAAUCAAGCUGGCGUUGGUGCUAGAGAUGAAAAGGAAGAGAGAAACUGCUUGUUUUUGCCUUUUGGGUGGAUCAAACGCCAGCUUGGUAACCUCCGUCAUCUACUCUGAUGCUUGUUUGGAUCAGUUGUCAAUUGGGUAAACUCUUUUAGCUCAACUUGCUCGAGUAGUUCUGGAUUACAAGAGCUCUUCUAUCACAUCAACUUUCCUUUAUUCAUCGAUUUCGACCCUUUGUGCCUCCCUGUCCCCAACUGGCAGUGUUUAAUAACUCUGCAACGCUGCCGUUGCGUAUGAGAGAUUUCAUUAUGUAUUUUAAGGAAUGGUCUUCGGCAUGGUCGAUAUGAAUUCACAAUGCACUUUCGAGUGCUUUAAUACUACAUGGCAAGACUAGGGAGGAGAAUAAUUAUAUCGUACCUGUUGUGAUUUGCGAGAUUUGUUUCCUUCACCGGACAAGCGCUGUGGUAAUGGUUGUAAUAGUUUGGA